AUGGAUCAAAUAGCCUUGCCACAGAAGACACAUCGUCACGUCAAAUUUAAUCCCGAAGUACAAAUACGAUAUAUUGAACCUAAUUAUCGAGUCAGGUUCAAUCCCGUCGUACAAGUAAAAUACGUUGAUCCAGAACCCAACAAUUUGGCGUAUAUCAAAGUUAUUGGCGACUCUUUUGGUGAAAAUGAUGACUUAAAAGUCUUGCAAUUUUUAGAAAACCUUUAUUGGAAAGCAAUUCGAUUUGAGGAUAGUCGAAUAGUGUAUUCGAAAAUUCGACAAAAAAAAAUUAAGGAGGCAGAAUUUGAUUUGGAAGCGUGGAGAAUGAAAAAUUAA